AUGAGCGCUCAGCCGGGACCGGGAGCGCCUUCCGAGCCCAGCACAGCGCCGGUCGCAACAUCUCCUGCAGCUGCUCUAGCUCCCCCAGGACCUGCUCCUCCUCCACCUCCUGCUCCCAACCAAACUGCUCCAUCAGCGCCCGACACCACCCAAACUUCGAAUGGGGUUGCUGGCGCUGGACCAAAUGGGCCAAAUGGUGUCGCCCCACAUGCGAAUGGAGCAGUGCCCAGCAAUUCUUUGAUGAACGCAGUUGCAAGGACAAACCUCAUAGCGCGGCUGUUUCGAAGACAAAACCGGGUACACAACACUUAUGAAGCUCAGUCAGAAUUUAUGCAGAAGUUUGGUCAUGGAAAUAGUGGAUCUGAACCAGCAUCUGCGCCAGCAGAGGCUACAGCAGCAGAUGGAUCGACUAAUAAAAACUUCUUGAGUACAUGGACCAUUGAUGCGUCGCAGGAUCGCUACUACUAUUGGACUGUCGUUGUGUCAAUCGCUUUUGUGUACAAUCUCCUCUUCGUGAUAGCUCGACAAGUGUUUGGAGACUUGAUGGGGCCUAUUGGAAUACCAGUGUGCACUCAGCCCGCGGCACUUUAUGUAAAUACUACAGUAAGCGAAUGUACUGAUGACCAGUUAAUGAACAUGCAGGAAAUGCCAUCAAUCCAACUGUACUCGGACUUGGGUUGGUCACGAUGGUGGUGGACGAGGAUUCUCUGGGCUUUGCUCGAUCUGGUUAUGGACACAAUCUAUUUUCUUGAUAUGUUCGUGCGAACUCGGACGGGCUUUCUCGAGCAGGGUCUCGUAGUGAAAGACAUUGACAAAAUCAAGAAGAGGUACUACGAGAGCAAGCAAUUCAAAUACGAUCUGCUCAGCAUUAUACCGGCUGACUACAUUUUAGGCUGGCCAUGGCCCAUAUCAUGGUUUCGACCAUUUCCCGUUAUUCGCUUGAACAGACUUCUACGCCUCGACAGAGUUCGCGACUGUAUCGAGCGGACUGAAACAAGGAGCUCAAUGCCGAAUGCUUUUCGCGUACUUUGUGUAGUGUGGUAUAUCAUCGUAAUUAUACAUUGGAAUGCUUGUUUCUACUUCUGGAUAUCGGAGAUGAUUGGUUUGGGAUCGGACGGUUGGGUCUACGGUCCACUAAAUCGGCAAAGUCUACCAGAAAACGUCAAAGAUACACUACUUCGACGCUAUAUAUACAGCUUUUAUUGGUCAACUUUGAUUUUGACCACGAUUGGAGAGGUACCCGGACCAGUACAAAAUAUAGAGUAUCUGUUCGUAACUCUUGAUUUAAUGUGCGGUGUGCUCAUUUUCGCUACCAUCGUCGGUAACGUCGGCAGUAUGAUCUCCAAUAUGAGCGCUGCGCGAACGGAAUUCCAAAACAAAAUGGAUGGCAUCAAACAGUACAUGGAAUUGCGAAGAGUCAGCAAACAGCUGGAAAUGAGAGUCAUAAAAUGGUUUGACUACCUCUGGGCCAACAAGCAAUCGCUCAGCGAUCAGCAAGUGCUGAAGGUCCUUCCCGAUAAGCUGCAGGCUGAGAUUGCUAUGCAAGUGCAUUUUGAAACACUGAGAAAAGUCCGCAUUUUCCAGGAUUGCGAGGCUGGUCUUCUAGCAGAGCUAGUGCUCAAACUGCAGCUACAAGUAUUCUCACCUGGCGAUUACAUUUGCCGGAAAGGUGACAUAGGAAGAGAAAUGUACAUAGUAAAGAGAGGCAAGCUGCAAGUUGUUGGUGACGACGGGCAGAAGGUAUUUGCAACGCUGCAAGAAGGCGCUGUUUUUGGAGAAUUGAGCAUCUUGAAUAUUGCGGGAAGUAAGAAUGGCAAUCGACGAACAGCCAAUGUGCGAUCUGUUGGCUAUACAGACUUGUUCGUCCUGAACAAAAACGAUCUGUGGAAUGCUCUGAGAGAAUAUCCAGAUGCAAGGAAACUUCUGAUGGCAAAGGGCAGAGAAUUGCUGAAGAAGGACAAUCUUCUAGAUGAGAAUGCUCCAGAGGAACAGCAGACUGUAGAAGAACUUGCUGAGCAGCUCACAAACUCUGUGAAAGUCUUACAGACCAGGAUGGCUCGUCUCAUUGCUGAACAUACAAGCACCGAAACGAAGCUGAACACUCGUAUAGAAUUUUUAGAGAAGCAGCUGCACAGAAUCGUCAUUAUAAUUUCCACCUUUGCAUCUGCUGCUUAUCGUUCCAUGACGAUAACUGUCGUAGUGGAGGAAGAGAUCUCAAGAGAUUUUGCUCUACUAAAUAUGGUAUUUCAUAGACUCUCUAACGAAUUUGGUUUGCGAGUAAAACAUGUGUCAAAGACAGAAGAUAAGUGCAGCGCUUACGCAAACUUAGCAAAGAAAUAUGCUCCUUUACGGGGACAGACCAUGCUAAUAAUUAUUCCGUUUGAAAGCGAUAGUUUUAACUGCAAGAAAAGCGUAGAAGGAAACGUAAUACUUGUUUGGCCAUAUACAAUGGUUGGGCCGGAACAAGGCUUUGCUUACGGUCAACUAGGAGAUAUAAGGGAAAACUAUCAAUCAGGAGCGAUAUUCGGUCUCAUUCAAUAUAUAGAUCAGAUGACAACGGUGUCUUCAAUGCCGAGCUACGAGUAUGACACGUCCGAUCUAUUCAAGAAAAUGAAGACAGGCUUGUCUGUGCCCGGAUAUCUAGCUCUAAUUCUGUCUGUCGGAACUGUAAUCGCUUUCGCAGUAGCUGUGAAUCUAUGUGUUAAAUAUCGUAAGAAAAGUGCCAUUAGUGCUGUGGGGCUCUUCGACAUUGGAUUCUCGUCCGGAGACACCGGUCGAAGCUCAGAGGAAAAAUCUCGAAAGAAAAAGAAAAAGAAGAAGGACGAGACUGCAAAAACUGAGGAGCUUCCGAAGGUAACGACUAAAGAAUCUGUAGAACAAUUGGCGCCAUUUAUAGCAAAAGGACGUAGUACGGAUGAGCUUUUGGAGAAUCCCGUCAACGCUCCAGAAUUUCUUUUCUAUCUUCACCGACUCGCACGGUUGGUAAUUGAGUAUUUCGACGAUCCUAAAGCGUUCAGUGUUACUACAGAUUUGAGUCCUGGCUUUCUCUAUCGAACGAUGUCAAGAUUCGCUCCUCCUACUCCCGAAAAAUUCCAAGUCAUCUGUGACGAUUUAAAAAGGAAAAUUUUACCCGGGAUGACACAUUGGCAGCAUCCUCGCUUCCAUGCCUACUAUCCCGCUGGGCGCCGAUUUCCGGAUGUUCUUGCGGAAGUACUUACCUCAGCAAUGGCAUUCAAUGUCUUUUCAUGGGAGAGCUGCCCCAGCUUGAGCGAACUCGAAAACUUGGUUGUGAACUGGAUUGGUCGAGCUUUUGGGCUACCGGAAGAGUUUCUUUUCCAGGAAAGCCUUCAAAGAAGUCCAGGCGGUGGGAGCAUUGUUGGAAGUGCGUCAGAUGCAAUUUUCUGCUCAAUCAUGGUCUCGCGGAACUGGAAAAUAAGCCAGGUCAGAACACAACAUAGAGAUAUGGCAUCCUCUGAGUAUGAGACUAUCCAUGAUAUCUUAAAGAAAUUGGUUGUGUAUUGCAGCAAAGACGCUCAUUCCGGUAUCGAAAAGGCAUGCAGAGUUGCGAUGGUCCGUUGCAGACCGAUACAACCCCGUGCAGAGAAUGGCUGGGGAAUCACAGGAGAGCAACUGGAAAAAUGCAUUGUGGCGGACAUCAAGAAAGGCCUAAUUCCCACUCAUAUCCACUGCACACUGGGGACCUCCGCUACUGGUGCUGAGGACUUAUUGGAUAGUAUCUGGCCUAUAGCAGAGAAAUACGACAUGUGGCUUCAUUGUGAUGCAUCCUUUUCUGGUAACGCUUGGAUUGAUGAAAAAUACAGAGCAAACACGAAGUCGCUCGCUCAUGUCCAUUCACUCAACGUCAACUUGCAUAAGUUUCUGCUGUUUUCGGGCAUGACAUGCCUAGUGUGGACGAGAUUUAGACAUAUUUACAAGGACGCCUUCAAUACUGCUUCCUUCCAGAACUUCCCUCUGCAAGAUACGACCGAUAUGCGUGACUGGGGUAUUCACGUGAGCCGCAGAAACAAAGCCUUAAAGAUAUGGAUGUCGGUGCGACUGAAUGGUCUGGAAGGACUGCGAUACUAUCUCAACUAUACGGUGGAAAUGUGUAACUAUUUCGAGUCUCUGGUGGCGAAGCACCCAUUGCUCAAAAUUUUUUCAAGAAGGCUAGCUUUUUUCACUUUUUACUAUGAGGAACCGGGGAGCUCUAAGGAGGAAAAUAACAAAUACACGGAAGAUCUCUGUCAAUUCAUCAAUCAGUCUCAUAUGCUUUUUGUAGCUCCUACCAGGGUACACGACAUCAAUUUGAUACGAAUAUGUAUUUCGUACGAGCGCACAGAUCGAAGUGUUGUUGACGAAUCGUGGAACAUAUUGAAAAAUCUUGUUGAUGAAUUUACAAAUAGGAAAAAUGACCCAUAUCUGCUACAAACAAAAAUGAUUACGCCAUUUCUCAAAUUCCAUGAUGUUCAUGAUUAUUAUUUUCGAAAAAAGCUGAAGUGAUAACGUGUUUUCUACAAAUCGGUGCACAAGUGAAC